AUGGCGAGUGAGCAGGGCCAGAUCGAGGCCCUCGACAACUCCAGCGACGGCGGCUACAGCGAUGGCGAUUCUGGAUACGGCGGCGAAGGUGCAUCUUCCACUGCCUCGGUGCAAUCAAGCAUUUUCGAUUACGAGGAAGAGUAUGGCCGCUCUUACCAUGCUUUUCGAAAGGGCAAGUAUGUGAUGCCGAAUGACCACCGGGAGCAAGAACGAAUGGACAUCCAUUACCACAGUCUGCGAAUGACCAUGGAGGACAAGCUGUACAUUGCGCCAGUCGAUCGUCCUACCGCCAUACUCGAUGCCGGCACGGGCACGGGAAUCUGGGCAAUGGACUGUGCAGACGACCACCCAUCAGCUUCCGUAGUAGGAAUCGACAUCUCGCCCAUCCAGCCAACAGCCGUGCCUCCCAAUCUCGAGUUCCAAAUCAUGGAUUUGGAUGAGGAAUGGGACUUUACAGCCAAAUUCGAUCUGGUCCACACUCGCUUGAUGAAUGGCUUCUCCAUCCGGUCGUGGCCUUUCUUCUACCAGCAAGCGUUUCAGAGCAUGAGGCCGGGCGGAUGGGUGGAGAACCAGGAGUUUGAUCUGAAGUUCACCGCUGACGACGGAACGAUGCCUGCGGACAGCGCCGUGAACCGUUGGAUGGAUUUGUGGAACGAUGGGAUUGGGAUGUUAGGCCCAAUGACCGGAAGAUGCUACCCGGAACAGAUGAAGCAGCAGAUGGAAGAGGCUGGCUUCAUUAACUGUCAGAUCCAUCCCUACAAGAUGCCUAUUGGUACCUGGGCGAAGGACAAGCGACUUCGGAGAGCUGGCUUGUUCAACAUGGUCGGGAUGGUGGAUGGUGUCAGUGGUCUUAGCCAACGGGUGUUUACUCGCGCUCUUGGCUGGACCAUCGAGGACAUGGAGGUGCUGCUGAUGGAAGUACGGAAUGAGUGGCAGAAUCGGAAGAUUCAUUCGUAUAUCCCGAUGUAUGUGUCUUUCGUUGCGGAAGAGGAGACUUCGGCUAACGUUGAACAGCUACGUGGUGAUCGGACAGAAGCCGCCGUGAGCUUUCUCCAAGACCAAACGGCCGAAGACUUCCUGGAUUGCUCUCUACCAUCGUCGGCGUAG